UUUGCAUGUUAUCUCAUGACUUCCGGAAGAAAAGUUACUUCGGUACCCGUACAAAUGUUUCAAGAUGUUUUUCAAUGCAGAUGAUGAUGAGCAAGACUUUUUAUCGUCAUCAGGAGGGUCGAAGCUUGCCUCCCUCUUUGGAGUAGACAAAGCCAGCAACCAAGGUGGUAAUGAAUCAUUGAAAUACACAGCUCCAAAACAACCAAAGAAAGAAACCCCAACUCAGUCAGGAGGUCCAGCCGCUGUUACCUUUGCCACAGCAGUCCAUGCAUAUAAAUAUGUUGAUGGUCAGUAUGCCAGCCAGGGAAAACUUGGUGUUGCUAUUCUAGGCAGUCCUGCCUCACAUGAUUACAGAAUUUUGUUGUAUGUUAGCAAACAACAACAGGUGACCAAUGUGAGGAUUACUCCAGCUUUUGUCUUCACGAUCCAAGCCAACAACUAUGCUAGUUUUUAUGAUGAUGCCAGACAGAGCUGGUCCCUCAUGUUCGACAGUGAACAAAACUCUGAAAAGUUCGCUAAAAAUGUGGGACUGGCCAGAGCCAACAGUUCUGCGACACCCCUAGACAGUGUUGUGAUGCAGGAUCUCCAUCUGGGUGAUGGGGGACCGCUGGAAACCGGUGACCUUGUAGAGGUCAAGUAUACUGGCUGGUUACUUACCAAUGGCACUUUUGGACAGGAGUUUGACAGCAAUGUGAAGACAGACAAACAAUUUAAAUUCAAAAUUGGCAAAGGCAAAGUGAUCAAAGGUUGGGAUGUAGGAGUGGUUGGAAUGAAGAAGGGGUCAAAACGCCUCCUUGUGGUGCCCCCAGGUCUUGGUUAUGGAAGUCAAGGGGCUGGCAACAAGAUCCCCCCAAACUCCACACUCAUAUUUGAGGUGUUAGUUGUAAGGGUCAAGUUAGCCAAAGGUGAAUCCCCAAAGCCCUCACCUGCCCCCACUCCAGAGCCUGUACCUUCACAUAAUACCACACCUAGCCCAGCACCUUCUGACCCCGAGCUGGACGACUCAACAGUAAAGGGAAGGACCAAGUCUAUUACUGAACAGAUGACUCAUCAGGGUGGGAGCAAGGGUGGCAAGGCAACCCUGAUCUCAAGGAUGGCCAAGAUGGGUAAACCCAUGUUGCCCUUACAGGGUGCAGUGGCCGUAGAUCCAGAAAGUGACGAGGAACCAGUGCCAGAAUCGCCUCAGCCAGUGGCAGUGACAGCUGCACCAGUUCAGGCUCCAAAACAACCAGCCACCCGACCACCAGUGGUGGCCAAACCAGUGGCACAACAGCCAAUGGCCGCCCCAGUGGAUUACACUCAGUCUGCCGCUCCUGUUACCACUAAUCCCAUGAUGCAUCAGCCAGCGUUUGUUCCCCCUGCUGGCCACCAGAUGGCACUUUACCAAUCACCUCAAUCACUCCUACAACAACAACAGGCUGCUUUUCUACAACAGCAACAGUUACAGCAACAAGCAGGAUUCCAGCCUCCUGUGUCCUCUGCCUUCCCAGCGGGAUCCUAUCCCGGAGCUCCAGCCUUCCCUGCUGCUGCUGUUAAUCAGCAUGAUGCGGCCACACCCAUGUUGUUAUCGGAGAACAGACAACAGAACACAGAACUGAGGCUGGCUGUGGGAAAGAUGGCUGACAAAGUGGACACAGUACUGCAGAAGGUGGAGCAUUUACAGACACAACAGAGUGGUUCCCUAGCUCUCCAGUCGUCUGCACCUAACAUGGAGGCAUCUGUACUCAUGCACAAUGUACAACGAAUCGUACAGGAAAAUGAAAGGUUACGAAAAGAAGGUUAUGAGAAGAGUUCCCGAAUUGAAGCUCAAAAUAAUAAAAUAUCUGAACUCCUACAGAGUAACCAAAUGUUUGUGGAAAAGAGUCAGACUUUACUAGAACAGAGAAAUGAAGGGUUUAAGGUGACUGCGACCACAUCCCAGGCUAAGGUGCUUGCACUGGAGCAGGAGAAGGUCCAACUAGCUACAGAGUUGAGUACGGCAACCUCCCAACUAGGGACGCUGCAACUGGAGAUAGCAGGAAUGAGGAAGAGAGAGAUGGAACUACAACAGAAGCUUGGAUCAUCAUCAAGUGACUUCAAGAAAAACACAGAAGAGCUGGAAAGUCUUCAAUCACAACACACAGAGGAUGAAGAAAGAAUUAAGAGUCUGACUUCAGGUUUGAGGGAGGAAAAGCAGAGGAGAAAAGAGGGUGACAAUAAACUGUCACAGCUGACAGAGGAACUAGCUGACCUCCGAGUGACAACAGAAAGUCUUCAGAAGAAUCUAACAGAGAGAAAGAAGAAAGCAGCAGAGGAGAGAAGAAAGAUGGAGGAAGAUAUGGAGGAUAGCAAACUACAAUUUGAGCAAGAAAUCCAGAAUCUGAGGGAAAAGCUGAGGCGACAGAAAAACUCAACACAUGCAGCCAACGCAGAGCAGGUGUCUAAACUGGAGGAAGAGAUCAGAGAAGAGUGGAAAGACAAGUCUGAAAAACAGCUGGCAGCUGCUCAGGAAAGACAUACCAGAACUCUUCAAGGUGUGAAGGAAGAAAAGGAGGAAUUAGAACAAAAAAUUACAGAAUUAGAGUCAAAGAUACAGAGCCUACGGAAGUCGUCGGGAGGAUCAGAGGAGCGUGUCAGGUCCCUACAGGAUCAGGUAGAUGAAUUGGCUGGCUGGAAGAACAAGUACGACGCCCUGCGAGACCAGGCCAGCUCUAUGAGAGAUAAGUAUGAGGCACGUAUAUCCGAGUUAGAGGAGGAGCGGGACAGUCUGGCCAGUCAGCAAGAUCAGUUGACCGAGCAAGUAGCCAUACUUCAGAAACAAGGAGCAUCAGCAGUACCUUCCAGUGGGAGUGGUAAUGAAUCUGUCGUUACCGAGGUGAAGAAGAUAAUGAACUCUGUAUAUCAACAACUACGUGCCCAGUUUACAGCCGAAGAGAAUUACUCUGGUGCGGAUGUCUUAACUGCAAUAUUGGGGGCUAUCAAAACAACAACAUUGAAGCUAGUCCAGCAGCAAUCACAAGGACCAUCAGCAGAGGAAGAGGAGGAGGAGGAGGAGGAAGAAGAGGAACUGGAGGAUAGUGAGGAAGAGGAGGAAGAGGAGGACAAAGAAUCCCCAAGCCCUGCCACACAAACAGAGCCUUCAGCUGAGAAAGUGACUGUAGUUGUCGAGAGUUCAGAGAAACAAGACUCUCCAGAAGAAAGUGAAGAGAGUGAUGACUUUGAUGAUGACGAAGAAUCAUCUCCAGAUUUACCAGAAGUACCGGAGGUUACUAAGGAUGAUAAAAAUCUACCUACAGAAAAUCCUGUUGUAGAGAUCCAGCCUCAACCAACACAGGAGAGUUCUAAAAGUGAAGAUAACUCUGACUUAGAAACAGUAGACAGUAAACUAGGGGUAGAUAACUCUACAGAACAACAGGAAUCGGUGAUAGAACAAAGUGUGAAAGAUGAUAUACCAGAUACCAAUCAUUUAGCACCAGAAAUAUCUGAACCAGAGAAAAGGGAAACAGAAAGUAGUGACAUUAUACCAGCAACAUCAAGGACACCUCCUCCUCUGUUAGAUGAUGGAGACGAUGAGGAGGACAAAGAGGAAGAUACGGGAGACAAACCCUUGUUUGGUGAGGAUGAUACAGUAGAAGACACUCUAGGAAUUUCCUUCAAACCAAAGACUGAUAAUGAUAAGAAAGACAAAAAGCUGCCAACAAAAACAGAUUUAGAAAAUGAUGAGGACCUGAAACCACAGCCUCCACCACCAUUGUUUGGGGACGAUGACGAUGACGAUGACUUGGACUGGCUCAGCUAAUAAAUGGCCUUCUGUGUAGGCUAUUUAUUUCAAGUGCUAAUAUUCAACUCCAGUGAUGUCACAUCAUCUACACAAAGUGCUGGGGCAGGCUUCCCCAUAUUGAAUACAAACAAUCAUUAUUUAUAUCGGAUCAAGUGUACUAUUAUUCAGUGUGAGAUACCUGGUUUACAAGUGUUGUGGCUGUGAUAGACUUACUGUGUAGAUUGAGACAUGUUGAUUGGUCCAUUGUCCUAUCACACAGAUGUUUGUAUGUGUACAUUGAAUGCUUGGUUGAUAUUCAGAAUGUUAGAUUUGUUAAAGGAAGGUGUGGCUGGUAAAAUUUGCUCACGAAUUGUUCAUAUAUCAGUUAUGUUUAGCUAGUUCCCUAAAGGUACUAUACCAUCAACUUGAUUUUCACAUUAGUAUGUUGUCUAGUCUGUAUGUCACAUCGAUGUCAUGGACUUACCAAUGGUUGUCUAGUCUGUGUGUCACAUCGAUGUCAUGGACUUACCAAUGGUUGUCUAGUCUGUGUGUCACAUCGAUGUCAUGGACUUACCAAUGUUUGUCUAGUCUAUAUGUCACAUCGAUGUCAUGGACUUACCAAUGGUUGUCUGGUCUGUAUGUCACAUCGAUGUCAUGGACUUACCAAUGGUUGUCUAGUCUGUGUGUCACAUUGAUGUCAUUUAAGCAUUGAACUGCUUUCAGUUGGAAGUUAUGGGCUGAUGAAUGCCAACUGGACAAAGGCAAAUUUAAUGAAGCACGCUAGCGCUUCAUGUUGAGUUUGCCUUUGUCCAUUUGGCAUUCAUCAGCCCAUAACUUCCAACUGAAAGUAGUUCAAUGCUUAUAUUUACAUUUGACACCGAUUUGUAAAGAUCUAUCCAAGAAUUUUGCUCCUUUGAUGACUGAACAAAUUAUUAUCGUCAAAGACAAAACAGCCUUUUCAACAGCCUUCUAUUGUUAUCGCCGACGUGACAAUUACGACGUCAUAAUAAUGAUGACGUCAAAAAAAGUUUUGGAAGUUAUGGACUCAUAACCUUCAAGUGAGCUUGGUAAAGUUAUAUAUUGGGGGUGCCGUGUAAAUAUAAAUAUGGAGUAAUAUCUAAAUGGAUCAGAUUUUUCAUUUUUUUGAAAAAAUGUCAUGUGCUGUAAUGUACAUCUUUGGGUUCGAAGCAUUCCAUUGAAGAAUGAGAGAAUUUAAUUCAAAUCCGAUGACAUGAAAAAUAGAUGACCAGGGUGAAUUUAACAUAUAACACUUCAUUCUGUAUUGCCACCAUUACAACAGUGAUGCUAUAGUUUUCUGAUUUAAUGUACAAGGUUUAUUUUCACAUAUAACAGUAUGGAUGAGAAUGAAAAGACAAAAUUAGGCGAAAAAUUUAUAUUUAUAAGUUUGUAACUUUGUAGCAGUUAGUCAUUGUAAGGAUGCUGCAUGAACACAAGAAAUACUCUGGAAACCUACAUCCUCAAACAGCAUUUGUGUAAAUAAACAUAGACAUACCAGAGGAUUGGUCGUCUGAUCUAGUGAGGACUGGUCGUCUGACCCAGUGAGGAACGGUCGUCUGAUCUAGUGACGACUGGUCGUCUGAUCUAGUGACGACUGGUCGGCGGAUCUAGUGACGAUGAUCUAGUGAUGACUGGUCGGCGGAUCUAGUGAGGAUUGGUCGUUCGAUCAAGUGAGGACUGGUCGUCUGAUUUAGUGACGACUGGUCGUCGGAUCUAGUGACGACUGGUCGUCUGAUCUAGUGACGACUGAUCGUCGGAUCAGAUCUAGUGAGGAUUGGUCGUCGGAUCUAUUGAGGAUUGGUCGUCUGAUCUAGUGAUGACUGGUCGGCGGAUCUAGUGACGGUUGGUCGUCCGAUCUAGUGACGACUGGUUGUCUGAUCUAGUGAGGAUUAGUCGUCUGAUACAGUCCACUAAAUGAUGUUAUAGAUAUAUCAAACCUUUCCGUACUGUGCCAAAAUAGUUUUAUUGUACGGCUAUUUUUGGUUUGUCUAUUACUGCCAACUCGUAGAAUUUUUUUGUGUUUGAAUAUCAAGUAGAGAGUUCAUCCAUUUACAGAAAUAUCAAGUAUUUACAGCUAUUCACCUGUGACCGAGCCCUAGCAUCAUUUCUAUACUAAGUUCACUUGCAUACUUUGAUGUAAAUUUCUGAUUUUACAUAUUAAUAUCAUUAUUUCACUUUUAAGUAUCUAUGUUGUGUUCUAUUUAAACAUUUUCAGUACAUUCAUUUUUCAUUUUUAUGCUUUUGAAUUAUUUUGUUGCAAUCUUUGUGGUCCAAAACAUAUUUGAAGAAAGUGAAUUGUUUAAUUAAUCAGUGUUUAGCUUUAACAACGAAAAAAUCCAUGUUUAAAGUAUUAAAAUGCAUAGAUGUUUUAUAUUUAUGUCAUUUAAAAAAAUAAUAAUCAUUUCACAUGGCUCUAGUUAUUAAAAAGAAACUUUGUCAUUUUCUGCACACAAAUUUCUCCUACACACUACAAAUAAAUGUAUAUUGACUUUUACUGCACAGGUACAGUUGCUACCAAGAGGUAAAUACAUGUACCAGUAAAAAUACAUGUACCAGUAAUUUGACGGUAAGCUACAUGUCUCAAGUGUAGACUUGUUAAGUUAUAAGCAGGCUAGUCAAAUAAGCUAAACACAAGUGCAUAAUUCAUUCCAUGUAUAUAAUGUAAUAUAUGUAUGAUUAUGAAAUGAUGGAAGCUAAAGAGCUUGAUACAAAUAAAGUACUAGAUAAUUCUA